AUGUUGUCUGCUUUUCUCAUUGGAUUGAAUGAAAAUUUCUCCAACACCAAGCGUCAAAUAAUGCUAAUGAAGCCUUUGCCUGAUGUUGGAGAAGCCUUUGCUAUGGUCUCUCAACAAGAGAGGCAAGUAACGGAUGAACAAGGAAAUCUGGGAGAGAGUUUGUCAAGGGCAAGUGCCUUCUUCACAAAGUAUGAGAACUCAAGUAAAAGAUCCUUUUCUGGCCAAAAACAAAAACCAGUGUGUAGUUAUUGUGGGUACACUGGACACACCAUUGACAAAUGCUAUAAAAAGCAUGGGUAUCCUCCUGGCUGGAAAAGGAACAAGAACUCAGGGGCCGUUAAUCAGGUUCAGGCUGCUGUACAAGGGGAUGAUUCACCUCAGACCAUACCCUCUAUGCAUCAAGAAGACUUCAGGAGAUUUCUGGAAUUUAUGAAGUAUGAGAAAGCCAACAAUAGCUCUCCUCUCAGUGAUAAUUCUAUCUGUUCCCCCCAAGCCAAUGCCAUAGCAGCAAGUUUUGUUCCAGAUAGCAACUGGAAGGUAAAUCGAUUAAUCUUUGGUGCAACACACCACAUUUUCUGUGAUGUGAGUUUGUUGCACAACCCCAAAGAAGUUAAAGGAGUCCUAGUUGAUUUACCCAAUGGAAAUCAGGCUCAAGUUUCCCAUAUUGGGACUGCUCAACUGUCUGCUGACAUGGAUCAACACCAUGGGAAGAUGAUUGACAUAUGGAGACCUUAUCACACCCCCACAGUUUAUGGUCAUCAAUACUUCCUAACUUUGGUAGAUGAUUAUAGUAGAGCAACUUGGAUUUAUCUAAUGAGAAAGAAAAGUGAAGUCAGACAAAUUUUGCAGACUUUUUGUGAACUGGCUAAUGCACAAUUUGGAAGGCAGGUUAAGUGCAUAAGGUCAGAUAAUGGCAAGGAAUUUGCCAUGACAGAAUUCUUCCAAAGCAAAGGGAUUUUACACCAAGUAUCAUUGGUCUGCAGGGUUAGAUGUGAAAACUCAGCUUCUAGCAGAGGAAAGUUUCAAUAUUUCAAUCCUCCUAUAUGA